AUGGUAGAAGGCAGUCCACCACCCCUACCAGAUUUAACUCCGGCUCCCGUGUGUAAGGGCUGCCACUUGCGCAUCCGAGACAAAUACCUGCUCCGCGUCCACGACGGUCUCUGGCACGAGAGCUGUCUUCAGUGCGUUACAUGCCAUGAGCCCCUCACGCUUUCCUGCUUCCUGCGAGACAACAAACUUUACUGUAGACGUGACUACACCAAGUUGUUUGCGGCGCGCUGCAGUGCGUGUGAGGAGGUGAUCUGUGCGUCGGAGCUGGUGAUGGUGGUGUCCAAGGCCGUGUUCCACCUGACCUGCUUCCGCUGCAGCGUGUGUGGAGAGGGGCUGCAGAGGGGGGACCAGUGCGUCCUGAAGGAGGGACGGCUGCUCUGCCUUGCAGACUAUCACCACAGACCUGCCAGCCCAGACACCAGUCUAUCAGGUAAAAGUGAUGAGGAUGAGGAGGAGGAUGAUGAGGAUGACGAAGACGACAAGGCUGCCAACGAGCACAGCAGGAGCAGUGGCGGCAGUGGCAGCAGCUCGGACCACAAGAGGCCCAAACGGCCACGCACCAUCCUCACCACCCAGCAGAGACGCGCCUUCAAAGCCUCCUUCGAGGUCUCCUCCAAGCCCUGCAGAAAGGUCAGAGAGACGUUGGCAUCAGAGACGGGUCUGAGUGUUCGGGUUGUCCAAGUCUGGUUCCAGAACCAGAGAGCCAAGAUGAAGAAGCUGGCCAGACGACAACAGCAGCAGCAGCAACAGCAGACAUCUCCCCAAGACACACACGAUGGAACAGGAUUACACACAGUGACCUCCUGUGGAGCGCUGACCUCUGACCUGGAAGCACUAGUCUCCUUCUCCAGCCUGCCCCCCCAGCAGCACCACCAGCAGCAGCAGGCCAUCGCCAUAGAGACGCAGGGCUACAAGAUGGACCAUUUCAGGCAGGGCCUCACCCCCCCACAGAUGCCCGGAGAUCACAUGCACCCCUACGGCUGUAAGUCCCUUUACGCGGAGUUGGAGGAGGCCUCCCUCUGUCACCUAGGAGACUGUCUGCCGUCAAGUGAGCCGUCCCUGUUAACGCCCAUCGACCGCCUCUACUCCAUGCAGGAGUCCUACUUCACCUCCUGAGCCCUGAACACACACACUGAAUAGAGCGCGCUCUCUCUAUCGCUCUCUCUCUCUGUCUCUCUCUUUCUCUCUCUCUCUCUGCCUCUCUCUCUCUCUCUCUGCCCCCCCUCUCUCUCCCUCCCUGCUCAUUGACCAUCUGUACUUCAUGCAGGAAUCCUCCUUCCCCUCUAGUACUGCUGCUUACCCCCUACCCCCUCAAAGGAUACCCGCUCCAAGUUUCAAUUCCAAUUCCCUCAGUAUUUUCCACUCUUAAUAUACAAUUUCAAUGCCAUUAGUCAGCAUGUGCGUGAUUGUGUGUGCGCAGACGUGUGCACGUGUGAAUGUGUUAAUGGAGAGGAUGCGUAUAACAGUAUGAGAGGUGGACAGGAAGCGAAUGGGGAGAGAGACGGGGCGGGGUCGGCAAAUGACCCAGGCCGGGAAUCAAACCCGGGUCAGCCAUAUAGCAGACAAGUGCCCUACCGGGCCCCGCAAAAUGGCCAUGUUUCUCUCGCGCUGCAUAUGGAGAGGAGAAGGUUUG